CGUUGUGAACUGUGUUGUGUCUGGUCGAUCGUCGGCCGGUUGCCGAUGGAAAGUUUAUAGUUCGAUUUUUUUUGUGAUAUGUAUAGUUAGUGCUUGUCAAUUUCAAACUUUCUGUGGUAGUUUUUAUAUUUUAAUGAUGUUUCAUUCUGCGGUGAAGUUAAAUCACCAGUCUGUUGUUUCAAAUAUCAUCCGAAAGUGCUCAACUAAUAAUGUAGUCUCUCCGAAACCAUUCGAUGAAAUGCCAGGACCACGUGGCCCUCUUGGUCUGGGAAAUUUGUAUCAAUACAUUCCAGGAAUAGGAAAAUAUAGCUUCGAAGCCCUGCACGAAUCUGGCAGAGACAAACUCGAAAAGUAUGGCCCCAUUGUCCGUGAAACCAUGGUCCCCGGACAAAACCUCGUCUGGCUGUACGAUCCCGACGACAUUGCGACCGUACUAAAUGACAAAACACCCGGUAUUUAUCCCGCACGACGGAGCCACCUAGCGUUGGCCAAGUAUCGACGCGAUCGGCCCAAUGUGUACCGGACGGCUGGACUGUUGGCCUCCAAUGGCAUUGAGUGGUGGAAAAUACGAUCUGAAUUGCAGAAGGGGCUGAGCUCUCCUCAGAGCGUGCGGAAUUUUUUACCACUGACCGAUCAGGUCACGAGUGAGUUCGUUGCUAACAUAAAACCCUCAGAUAAACGGGAACGGGUUCCCGAUUUCAUGCCAGCAAUUUCUCGACUCAAUCUAGAGCUAACGUGCUUAAUGGCGUUUGACGUACGACUGGACAGCUUCUCAACCGAGCAAAUGCAACCCACUUCCCUCUCCUCGAGACUGAUGGAUGCUGCGGAGGUGACUAAUCAAAAUAUUUUACCAACCGACCAAGGAUUCCAAUUGUGGAGACUUUUCGAAACUCCAUCCUAUAGACAAAUUCGAAAAUCGCAAGAAUUUAUGGAGAAGACUGCCGUUGAGUUGGUAUCGCAAAAAUUACUUUACUUCGACGAAGAUCGCCAAAAGAUGGCUUCCGGUCAGCAUAGAUCUAGAUCGCUACUCGAGGAGUAUCUCAGAAAUCCUAAUCUGGAGCUAAACGACAUUAUAGGAAUGGCAGCAGACUUACUGUUGGCUGGGGUUCACACAACUUCCUAUACGCUGGCAUUCGCCCUGUACCAUUUGUGUCUUAAUCACGAUGCUCAGCAAAAGUUGUUCGAGGAGGCAAAACGAAUUCUUCCCGAUCCGUGGAAAAAUAACAUCGAAGCAGCUGCUUUGAACUCAGAAGCAUCCUACUGUCGGGCUGUUCUGAAGGAAGCUCUCCGCUUGAAUCCCAUUUCCGUUGGCGUUGGGCGAAUUCUGAAUAAAGAUGCCAUUCUCGGAGGAUUCCACGUGCCGAAGGGGACGGUAGUCGUAACGCAAAAUUUGAUCUCCUGCCGGCAGGAGCAGUACUUCAAGAAUGCGUCCAUGUUUUUGCCGGAACGUUGGAUGCGAGGGAGCAAGGAGUCGGUGCAUCCGUACCUGGUGCUUCCCUUCGGACAUGGCAUGAGGGCGUGCAUCGCCAGAAGAAUGGCGGAGCAGAAUAUGUUGGUGCUACUACUGCGGCUGAUACGAUCGUUCGAGAUCGAAUGGGCCGGAAGUGUUCCCAUGGAUAUCCAGACUAAGCUUAUUAAUCAGCCUGAUCAGCCCAUUGCGAUCGUGUUUCGUGCUCGUUCAUAAUAAUAAUAGACACUGCCGGCUCCAGGCACAGGCACGUGGCCAUUCAGCCAGAAGUGGACCGGUGUCUUCCUAUAGCUCGUUACAUCUAGUUUGUCUGUAACGACAGUUGAAAUUUCUUCAUUACAUAUGCACCAUAUGUGACAAGAUCCGGGAUCGGCACACACGAAAGAAUGUCGUUUGAUCAUCAAAGAGUACGACAUACCAACACCUGUCAUGCUGAUUCGAGAAACGAAUGCGCCAUCUAGAUGCACGACUGACUGCAACCUACCUAAACAUUAUGAAUUUUCAAAUAAAAUAUACGAAAAAUACAUGAACUUCCCAUACAUAUAUUUUAAACUUUAAACGCAAUUCGGAGAUGCACAAAAUUAAAAUAUCGCGAAAAUAACUGCCACUCUACUAUAUACCUAGCAUAUUCUCUAUUUGUAAAAAUUAAAGAAAAGGAAUAUAUAUUAGAUUACGCUCGUUAGAUCUAGUGAAAGAAGCUUUCCACUUUUAGCUGUGAUCUAUUUUAUCGACGAGGAAUCAUCAAUGUUGCAGUUAUUAAAACUAGGGGUUCUAAAUAAUAUCCUUCUUUAAUAUAUACAUCUAUGCUAACGUCGCUGUAGUACUCCCGAGUGUUCUUGCUUUCUGGU